AUGAAUGAUACCUCAAGUAUUAAUACAUGGACGGAACAUGCAUUAAAACAACUUACAGAAGCAAAAGAAGUGUGUGAUGAUGCGAAUAAUUAUAUUAACUUAAGUACAACGAAACUUGCAUUCAGGGAUAAUCAAUUACCAAAACUAAGAUUUUACAUGGAUGCUAUUAAGCAACAAUUAAGACUUUUGGGUAUAAUUAAGGAUAGUCUAAAGUUAAAUUUGAGUGGAGUCAUCAGCAGGAAGGAAGGAAUGAAGAAGGAUAUAAAGAACCAACUGAAAACAUUAGAUGCAAAAAUAGAGGAGAUGAAAAUAAUAAAAGUGGAUAGUUCGUUUGAUGUGAAUAAACCGCCAUUGAUUUAUUAUAUUUCAGAAAAGGACGUCAAACUGCUACUGGAGAAUGUUGAUCUUGCUUUAAAGGAGAUGGAUGAUCUUACAAAAAGUAGCAGGGUUGAUGCGUUAAUGAUCAGAUUAGGAUCAGAUCUUGAUAAUUUGGAUAACGAGUUCAAGGCCUUGGAGGCUCAUUUCCCUACCGCUCGGGGUAAAAAAGAACAACAAGAUUCCAUCUCACGCUUGCUAAAGAUAGAUAAAGAGUUGGAACUGGAUAUGGUUUCAAUACUUAAAAGUUUUAAUAAUCAUUACGAUCAAUGCGUUAAGGGAUCUAGUAUGCUAUCGGAAGACGGUAUGUCACAAGAUGAGAAGGACGAACUUUAUCGAGUAUUGCAGGAAGACACCGAGGAAUUACCCCAAGCAAUGAGCUACCUAAAAAAUGACCGGGAUAAUUUGGUUAUGAAUUGCAAAGAACUGGUGAAGAAUGUUGACAUAUUUCAUAAUUACUUUGAGCAUGUCGAAAAAUUCAUCCAAAGCCUUAGGACAUUUGGAGAGCAUCGCCUAAUAGAGCAGUUAAAUAACUUCCAGACUAUUGAACAACACAUUCAGAAUAAGCUAGCAGAGAUAAAUAAGCUCAAGGGUACAAUUAGCAAUUACAUUGACGACUUUAGCGGAUUUGUUGCUGCAUAUUAUACAUUAAUCUUGGAGAUGCAAAGAAGGUCAGAAACAGAAACGAAAAUAGAAAAUAUAAUUGAUAACUUCAAGCAAAAUCUGUCUGCUAUUAUUCGGGAAGAUUCAGAGAAGAAAACGAUGUUUCUCAAGGCUCAUGGCGAUUUUUUGCCCGAGAACUUGGUCUCUGCUAAAAUCAUCAAUAGUUCUCCUUUAAGAAUAGAAAUCAAUCUCAAAGGACAAAGAGAUCCGACACCUAAUCCUACAAGAGAGUCGGUAAAUGAGGCCUUACGGAAGCUUAAUUUAAGUAACGAUCAACUGAACGUAGAUUAA